UGUGAUGGUCCUAUACCGUAGUGUUGUGAUGACUUUAAGAGAAUGAAUGAGGGCCUGCAGAUACUGUAGCACUGUGAUGAUGCAUUCCAAACAGUAAACGUGUCCCUUUAUUGUGGAUUACUGGAUAAUAAAAUUUAUUUUGGUAGACGUACAGUAUCAAGAGGGCCGUGGUCCACGGCACGUGGGUCAAUAAUGUGCAGGGCUAGGACAUCUGCAUUGAUGAAUCAGGGGUUUUAUCUGUAUGGACAGGAUCAAGGCCUUGGCAGCAUCUCAAUGCCACCAAAUCCCUGCUCAUUAAAAUAACAAAACCUCUGAUCCGGCAACCUUUGAUUGAGUUUUAUAAAAGAGGCUCGUGGCCCUCUGUCCUGGAUAUUGCAUUGAGGAAGAGUGCUCUAACAACAGCCCAGACAUGAGUAAGAUCACGUUCUACGAGGAUAAAAACUUCCAGGGUCGCUCCUAUGAGUGCGACACGGACUGCCCCGAUGUGCACCCCCAUUUCAGCCGCUGCAACUCCAUCAAGGUAGAUAGCGGCUGCUGGGUGCUGUACGAGAGGCCCAACUAUGCAGGCUACCAGUAUGUACUGACCAGGGGAGAGUACCCAGAAUAUCAGCGCUGGAUGGGCUACAGCGACACCAUUCGCUCCUGCCGUACCUUUUCUUAUGUGAGUAGCCGGGAGGCCAGCGGCAGUCCCUACCGCAUGAGAAUCUACGAGAGGCCAGACUUCCAGGGACAGAUGAUGGAGUUCGGCGAGGACUGUGACUCCGUCCAGGACCGUUUCCGUAGCCGUGACAUCUACUCCGCCAACGUCAUGGAUGGCUACUGGACCCUCUACGAGCAUCCCAACUACAGGGGCCGCCAGUACUUUAUGAGGCCCGGCGAGUACAGGAAGUUCAGCGAAUGGGGAGCCACCUGUGCCACCACCGGCUCCUUCCGUAGGAUCACCGACUUUUAGGCCCAACGUCCUCUCCACUCUGACCAGUCAAUAAAACGAUUGUUUAAAUAA